CGCGACUCGACUUCACAGGUUCUCACGAUCAUCGAGCCAUGGACAAAAUCGUUGAUUUUGGCAAGUCUCUCUUUACUCGAUCACGUCGGUCGGAACGAUUGGCUCAACAACGUCCGUAUCAUACACCUGAACCUGCACAGCGGAGAAAACAAGCCAAACGUCGACGUCGUAUUUCAGAUGAUAUCACAGAUACACUUACACAAGCUGUUCGUACCGUCACCACCCCUGCAAGAGCUGCUCUGAACUUUUUGGUGCCAACUCCUGAGGCCGAACCAAACCAGCUACCUGAAGUUCCCGAGGUUGGAGAAGUUCUGGUACCGGAAACUUUAGUCUGUGGCAAUAGCGAGACACAAACAACGUCGACCAGCGAACCUACACCAACCGAAGAAAUUGCAGCGGCCAUCAGCCUGUACCCGAACGUAGAGGAUGUUGACAAGGAAGAAGCACAGACGCCUGCCAAAAUAUACCCUGUGAUAGAAGAGUUACGGGGAGCAAGUUCCCUGCACAGCACAGAAGACAAUGGUCAGUGGAUUCCUGAAUGCGAGGUGCAGAGCAUGGAAGUAGAGGGUGCUCCCGAAGAGGACGAUCCGCACCUGCAAGAUCGGCCGGAAGCACAAGAUGAUAGUAAAUCCAUCGACAUCAACAGUCGAUCGCCCUCUCCUGAUGAUUCCACUGAUGCAAAAGAAGGGGGUACUCCAUCAGAGGGUGAAUCGACUGCAACUGAAAUGAGCUACAAUAUGACAUCUGUUGUCAUCGAAACAAGCACAGAUGAAGGAAGCGCGCAACAUAUACAAGAGUCUAGCAUUGUCGAUAGCAACAGUAUGGUGAUAGACAUUGAAAAGGAGCACAGUGUGUUAACGGCCUCCGAAUCGCCAAAUGGUAGCGAGGAUGACGGCAACCACCAGCCUCGCUUAAUCGACAAUAAAUCGCAGAAGGCAAAGGGUCCUGCGCCGAGUGACCGGAUAUUCACAUCUGACAUCAUUGACCUCACCUCCUCCCCGGACAUUCCGCUUGAUGAGCCAAUGAACUUGUCCGAGCUGGGCCCUACCCGAACAUCACCUGCACCUGUCGAGCGUGUACCAACGCGGACAUCUGCAACUGUGUCCCCACGGCUGGAACCUCCCGCACUGAAGCUAUCGCAGAUCUAUAUGUCCAAAGACCCGUUUAUAUUUUCCGCGUUGCCCAGUCAGACAUCGGAUCGCCGAGCGAAGAUCCCACGCUCCGAGAUCAGGGUUCGGAAAAUCAAGCGUCGUUAUUACGGGACCGGUGCUGAAGUGCAAGCACCUCGUUCUCUGACUAUGUCACCAAAAAGACGGACUGCCGGAAUAAAUUUGAGUCGUCUGCGACCGAAGAUGGCACCACCGACCUCAGCUACCCAGCCGACUGUGGGAGCAUCCACCAAUCUUUCCACGAAAGCAACAAUCGACCUGAAAGAGUCGUCUACAACUGUUACAACCCCUACUGCGGCUGCCCAUCCAAUUGCUGAAACAGAGGCCAAGCGAAGAAAAAUCGACAAGCCCAUCAGCAAACCAACCCAGCAUGUGUUGGACAUCAUCAAUAGCAUCGUGGCACCCCCACCUCCAGCCAUGCCAAUGCCCCGACCAACAGCCCCUGCUGUCAACCCUUAUGAGGUUAAGCUUUUGACACAGCCCGCUCCAGCAGCAGCGAAGGCAAACACGGAGGCAGACGAUUUACGUAGGAAAGUCCAAAUGAUUGAAGAACGCUUUGAGCCGCAUGGGAAGAAACGAGGUAUUGAAGAGGCUGAUACGGAAGAAGCUGUGGUGGAGCCUGCUUCCGUUCAGGACAGAAGAAUACUUCCCCUUCCAACACCCCGAAGGAAAUUGGUAGCCACAACACCGAAGCGCGUGGCCGAAGAACGACUAUCACAGAAUAAGAACCGUCCUAGAUACACAUUUGAAGAUACUAUUCGAGCAUCAAACGUCAAAUCUCCUAUGCCUACUGAAUCAAUGAAGACUACGGGUUUGUCCGGCGAUAAUUCUACAACAAAGGAAUGGAAGGCCACUGGCUUAACACAUGCGAAGUUGACGUUGGACGACAUCCUGCGGGAAGCUGCCACAAUUCAGCUUCCAUCCGAUAUUCAGUUCUCAUUCUACGCUGGUCAAGCAACAGUGUCGUCGGAGUGCCGACAGCUUGUGAUGACGGGGAUGGAUGCAUCAAUGCAUAAUCAGCGGUACUUUAGCGACACGCCAAAUUUUGAAUCAAAUCAGAUGGACGCAGAGCGCCGCCUCACAAGGAUUUUGCAGGAAUUUAAGGAGUAUAGUGCUGGAGCAAGUGUGGAGAGAGUAUGGAGGUCGACGGACCCUAUCGUGUGACUCAAUAACAGCGCCUGUGCAGUGUCAUAAUGUGUAGAUAAAACACCACAACAUCAAUAUUUGCAUUUGGGCG